GUUGUAAUUAGUUUAGUUUGUUAAGGUCUUUAAUUUGUUAAAAGUGGGAAAGGGGCACAUUAGUUUUGUAAAAUACGAUAAAAGCGAAUUAACAAAAAUAACGGGGCCAAUCCAGCAAUCGGCUGCAUUAUGGAGCCCACUGGAGCUGCUGAUAAUCUGCUAGAGAUUAUGGAUCUGGCACGAACCUUAAGACAGGAGCAGCUCUUUAUACAGCAUGAACAGGCAGCCUUUGCCCAGCUGACUGGAGCACUGGAAACGAAUGCCGGGACCAUAACCAAGUUGGCCUAUAUCUGUGCUCAGCAGAGACAAAAUUUGCAUGAUCUACUGCUGACACGUACAGAUCAUGAUCCGUUUCAAUGUUGCCGACGUGCAAGUGCCUAUGAUAAUGUAGCCUUUAUGGAUGCGAAACAGGUCUUACCCUAUGAGCAUGCUCUGGCAUACGAAGAUCUAUUCAAUUAUCUAUAUAACUCACCAUAUUUGCUGGCAUUGUCACUGGCCACAGCAGAUCGUUUGACCCUGCUAUCGACCAGUCAAUUGAGUCAGAUUGUCAAUAUCAUUGGGACGGGUCUGUAUGGCAAUGCCAUCAAUACAAAGGACGUUGAGUUGCUAUUGAAAUUAUUGCGAGAACUGAUCGAAAUACAAUUGGUUAGCAGUGAGCAGCCACGUCGUUUGCUGCGCACAAACAGCAGCUCCUUUGCCCGGCUCUAUCACAGACUGGUGGAGUCUUUGUUUUCGGCACGAAUAUUCCUAACCGCCGCCCUGCAUGGCCCCCUGAUGGGUGUAUUGAGUGAGCAUGAGAUAUGGCUAGAUCUCGAUCCAAAUAAAUUAAUGCUUAGCUUUAGUCAAGCGGAAAGACAACGAAGAUUCGGAGAUGAUGCUCGCGAUGCCGAUCAGCCGAAUGAACAGUAUCAAAGGAAUGUGGCUAGAUUCCAUGCCGAAACACUGGGUAAACUGCAUUCGCAUUGUCAGGAGUUUGUAAAGAGUUUACAACAAAGCUGGGCUCUAUUUCCCAGCUCAUUGCGCUGGCUACUCCAAACUCUUGCCCACCAACUGCGGCAGACGCAACGAUACCAAGAAUUGGAGAUAAAGGAACUGCUCACCGAUCUGGUAUUCACACAUUUCAUUUGCCCGGCCAUAGUCAGCGCCGAUCUAAUGGGCAUUAUCGAUGUGAAUGUCAGUGAACAGAUGCGUCAUAAUCUUAAUCAGAUUGUCCAAUUGAUUCAACGUCUGGCCCUAAGUGAAGAGGCCGGCGGCAGUGAUUUGGCCCAAUUAAUUGAGCUCUUGAUGUUGGGUCAAACAGGAGAAGAUGAGGAUGUUGUAGCCAUAUUGCCGCAACAGAGUGACUUUGAGCGCAAUCAAUUGGCGAUUAAUCAACGUGAGCUUGGACAAUUUGUGGACUUCUUUCGUUUGCUACUCAGCCAGGAUGAAGUCUAUGUCAUCUCAGUCGAUGAUAGGCAGAGAUUGCAACGUAUUUUGGGACGAAUACCGAAACAGCAACCGCAGCCGGACAUUGCGACCACCGCAGAGAGAAGCAUUUCAACAAGUCCAGAGAAAUCCAGUGGGAAACGUUCAAACUCAACGAGUAAUGGUGGCCUAAUGCGUCUGGGCAAGGCCACAAAAAAGAAAAUUGCCAAAGGCAUGAGUUUCUCCACCUCUCACAAUCCAACACCAGUUUCCGUUCCGGUUACUGUGGCUGUGGCUCCUCCCACACCGCUUCCGAUUCCAAUUCCAUCCAGCACAAACAACGAUUCUAGUGCUGGCAACCUUGGAGUGUCGCUAUCCUCGAACGGUGAUAUGGAGCAAUUAUCUUCUCAUAGUGGCAGCAAUACCAGCCUCAGCUCGUGCGGAGUCAGUGGCGGAGGGGCAGCAGUUCCUAUCGAUUCCGUAAACGAUCAUUUGCCCGAUGAGCCAGUGCUAAUGUUCAGUAUUUACAAUGCCUCGGCAAAGAGUAAACUAAAGCCAUUAACCGAGGAGGAGGUAUUGAAAAUGAACUCUAUUGGACCGUCGGCUGAGGUUGGACUGGAUCAGUUGUUGCCAGCUAAUGUGGCUACGGCCGCGUUGGCUCCAUCUUCAUCGAACAAUGAUGAUGUUAGCAGCUUGGAGGCCAUGCGAAGGCCGCAAAUCAAUGAUGAUGCCUCGAUUGGUAUGUCCGAUAAUCUGGAGGCAAUUAGCGAGGCUGCCCAUUCGGUGGCCAGUUCAUUGGAUCUGGAGGAGCAACAAGAUCAUGAUCACGAUCCCGAAAAUGAGGACAAUCUCUCCGACAUGGUAUCGGCCAAUGUUUCGGGAAGAGGCACACCCAACAUAAGUGGACGGGAUACGCCCUCAUCGCAGGUUACCGAAGGUGAUGGCGGCGGUGGCAGCAGUGUUGGUGGUGGCGGCGGUGGCGGAGGCGGCGGCGGUGGAGUCGCUGGCCAAAUUAGCCGUAGCCUUGCCGUGGCCAACCCUCAAAUGCAAAAGAUGCUGCUCUCAAAGGCGCGAUCAGAUAUCGAGGAUAAAUUUUGUAAAUUUGAAUUGAAAAAAUUUGAAGGCGAUGAAAAUGUGAGCAUUAUAUCGGACACCUGGUCGACAGAUGUAUUGGCCAGUGACUCGGAGAAUACCCUCGAUGCCCAUGAGCGACAGGAUCGGGAUCGAGAUCGCGAUCGCGAUCGGGAUCGUGAUCGCAAUUUCUCCACUCCUCUGAUACCGUCUGCAGUCAUUCUGCCAGGUGAUCACAAUUUUGUGGUCGAAGUUCUGGCCCGUGCCAGUGGGGAUCAGCGCUCGGAGAGCAAUUGGAGCACCGAUGUCCUGGCAAGCGAUUCGGAAAAGUUGGCCGAAAUCGAUACGGAUGAUAAUGUAAGCAUAACAGCCAAAUCGACGCCAGCUGCCAAUGGAGAAGAUGACGAUGAUGAUGAUGACAAUGACAUUGACGAGGAGGAGGAGACCCCGGGCAGUGGCAGCGGCGGUGAAGGGGAACGCAGUCAAGAGGAUUCGGCAUUUUUUGAUGCUGUCAAUCUUUAUGAUGAUGCCCACCAGCAGCAUCAUCAUCAUCAUCACCACCAUCACCAUCAUCACUAUCAGGGGGCAUCAUCGUUGGCCAGGAGUUCAGUGCGCACCAGUUACCAUGUCCUUGGAGGCGAUAAUAACUUCCAGCAGCAAUACAAAUGCAGUGCAGCCGAAGCGAGUGGACGCAAAACCACACCCUUGAUGGGCACCUCAUGUAUGCGGAGGCAGACAUCUGCCGAGAGCAGCAUAAGUAAUCAGAGCCUAAAUCUGGAUGAGUUGCCAGCAGCGCCGCCAAAGCAUCAUCAUAAGAAUCAUCAUCAUAAGACGCAUCAUCAUAAGAAUCAGCAUCAUCAACGAAAGAAGAAGCAGCAACAGCAGCAACAACAACAACAUCGAGAUCUCAUUGAUUUUAGUGAUUGCAGCGAGGACAAGGAGCAGGAGGAAGAAGAGUUGGAGGAGGGAGAGGAUGGACAUGUUAAAGAAGAUGAUGAGCAGCCGCCCGGUUUGGUUCAACAAUUGCUUGAUGUCAUUGGUCUUGAAUGCGAGUCGUCAGGUGGUAAUUCAUCCAAUGCCCCAGUCGAGCAUCGUCGCAUCUCAAUGGAGCAGCGUACAGCCAUUGUGGAUGGGCGACGUAACGGCAUAUUGGCUGGCAGUGGCAAUGGAUCUGCGACACGACGUCAUCAAAGUUUAAACUAUGAGAAUCACGAGAUUAUGCUUAAUUCAAUGAUAUCCAAAACGGAUGAUGAUAAGCAAGAGCAUCAAAAGAAACAGCUGCAGCAACAGAAAGAGAAACAAUUGCGACAGCAGCAGCAAGAUGAAAUCAAAAUUCUCUGUUCGCAAACACAGCAGAUGCAAUUGAAUCAAGUGGAUCAGGAUCAGCAGGCGGCGUCAACAUCCACAUCGGCAGCGGCAUCGACGUCAACAGCAGCAGCAGCAACAACAUCAACAACAGCAGCAGCAGCAACAUCAACAGCAGAGACAACAACAACAAUUAUUGCCAGCAAUUCAUCAUCAUUGUUUAAGCUACCAAUUAAACAAACUGGAGCUAUACCAAAAAGCAUUAGUUUCGAUGCCAGUGCCGAUAAGGAUAAUGCCCAAUUACAGCAGCGACAACGUGAGCGUGAUAGAGAUCGCGAGAGAGACAGAGAUAGGGAUAGAGACAGAGACAGAGAUAGAGACAAUCAUGGUGCUGGCAUAUUUAAUAAACUUAAAUUGGGUAUCUUUAAGAAUCGUCGUGGCAACACUAGCAAAUCGAGCACUUCCACCUCGGCCAAUGCCAAUGCCAACAUCAAUCGCAUAUCAAGCAUUGAUAGCAGCCGCAGCGUUAGCUUUGAUCCCAAUGCCGCCUGUGUUAGCUUUGCCACACACAACUACUGUGAUAGCAACGAGGAUAUUCUAGCCAAAUAUAGGCGUAAAGUGAGCAGUUCCAGUGAGGCAACCAAUUCUGAUUCCACUGGCAAUGGCCAUGGCAUGGCGCCCAAUGGUGUUGUAAUUCCAGUGACCAGUGCCCUAAACAAUCACAUCAAUGGCUGUCAAAAUCCUGGCAUCGGUUUCAGUACGAUGAAGCUCAAACUUCGCACAGUUCUAUCCAAAACUGAUCUUCAUAGUGGGGACUUCCGACAGGCGACUCUGCGCUCUUUGGAUGCCACACCAUUGCAGACAUAUCUGCAGAUACAAUUGGCCCAGUGCAUCAGUUUGCAGCGAUUGCCCCAAAUCUCCCAUGUGUCGGAAGCCCUGCGUUGUUUGGCCCAAUUGGAACGCUGCCAGCAUGCCCAGUUGUUGGCCGAACUGCAACGUGAUCUGCAGCGUAGGCAAAGCUAUUUGCAAUAUCUGAUGCGUCAUCGCCAGCAAUUGCUGCUGCGUACAGAACAGCUGGAUCAGCUGGAGGAUCGUUUGCGUGGCGAGGCUAGAAGUUGUCAGCGUUCUCUACUGCAAUCGUUGGUACGUCUUCAUUUGGCUCGGUCGCGACAGCAGGACAAAUUGCAGUCCUUCCUCACCGAAUUCACCAAACUGAGCGCCAUUAGCGAUGAGCGUCUCGAACUGGUCGAGGAGUUUGUCGAUAAUUUGCUGCAGGAAUUGCUAGUGAGUGCUCAGCUUCAGGACGAUUGGCAACGGGAUGCGGCACGUUCGGCCAUCGAGAGAUUGGUGCUGGAGCAAAUGUACGAUCAGGUGAUGUUCCCCAACGAAGAGAUGGAUCUGUCUCGCGAUGCUGUGCUUUCGGCCCACAUUGGCAAACUGCAGCGAGUCGUUCAUCCAGCCCAUCCGGCUCUCUGCAUUGCCCAGGAAUAUCUCGGCGAGGCUCCAUGGACAUUCCCUCAGCAGCAGUUGUGUCACAUGGCUGCCUACAAGACGCCGCGUGAGAAGCUCCAGUGUAUUAUCAAUUGCAUCUCCAGCAUAAUGAGCCUGUUGCGGAUGUCCAGUGGCCGAGUGCCUGCUGCUGAUGAUCUGCUCCCUGUGCUCAUCUAUGUAGUCAUUAUGGCUAAUCCUCCCUGUUUGCUCUCCACUGUGGAAUAUAUCAGCUGUUUUCUGGGUAAAAAACUUGAUGGCGAAGAUGAAUUCUAUUGGACAUUAUUUGGCUCUGUUGUGAAAUUUAUCAAGACUAUGGACUAUUUAGAAUAGAUUUAUUCACCUUCUCCCUUUAUCAUGUUCUCUUCUUCUUCUUCUGUCUAUCUAUGAUAUUUGUUUAGGUUUAAGUUUAAAGAGAAAUAUUUGUAAAAUAUGUUAAAAAAAAAAAAGAAAAAAACCAA